GAAUCAAUAUCUCAUUGAUUUGGGAUUCCGAAAAUCGUUCCACAUUUUUUAUUUAUGAACAUCCUUUAUCUAAAAAGUAAUCUGCAGGAGUAGUGUCGAGACUCGAUUUUGUGGCCAGCAGACCACUUUUCCGAAGCCAACUGGUCACUCCACUUCAGGCAGAAACCGGGUGCUCUUCCAAACUCACAAUUCAUCAACCUCUUGCUCGCGGACGUCGCGGACCUCUCAACCAACUUGAGCCUCCUCCUCACUCCUUUUCGUUGGUCCGUCCGUCCGUCGGUCCAUUCGUCCAUCGCUGGCUCCGUCCGUCUCUCUCCCUCCAUCCGUCCGGGACAACCCAAAUCCUGCUCAGGAAACGAGCAAAGUGGCAGCUGACAGAAAAUCUAGAAGAGGAUCUGGCCAGAGCUGAACUGGGUUUGAAGCGAAAAAAGCACGAGACCCAACGGAGGGCCGCCGGCUGAAGCUUCCAGCUACUGACUCCUUCUCUCCCUAGCCUUUACCCUCUUUCUUGCUUCUUUCAACUUCUCCUCUUGCACCUCUCCCCGUUGUUCUCGUCAUCAAGUUCGUCGAGGGCGGGCCUGUCUCUCUGAUCUUCUCUACUCUGUCUCUGGCAGUUCUGUUGGUGUUUCUGGUGUGCCAAGAAGAAACUGGACGGCUGAAGUACAGAAGACUAAGAGUGGGAACAACCACAAGCUAGACGCCAAGUCCGUGUUCCAACUGGCGUUUUGGGCAAAAAUCUUUAAUACAGCGGCAAAAGUUUUGGCACCAAGCUGUGGCUUUUUGAGGAGGAUUUUCCGAUUUGCUAACAAACAUAACAGAGUAAUUUAAAAAGCACGUGAAGUGAACAUAGUGGGUCCCGGUGAUUGUGCAGUGAUUUUCUAAUCUGGAACUCUGUUUAACUUAUCGCAUGGUUUAUCCGACGAUUGAUGAGGCAUGAUCCUCAAGAAUGUCCAUACAUAUUGACAUCGAUUUAGGAUCAUUCGAUUGAGGGAGAAGGCCGCGGAAGGUCGAGCUCCUACCAAUCUUGUUAUUUUAGGUGGUGCUCAAAAAUGAGAGGGACUUUUGGCGUCUCUCUCUGCCAGAUCUUGGCCUUCCUGGUGGCACAGACCCUUGGAAAAAAUCCUCCUGUGAUAUCGGAAGUUCCCCAAAGACAACGCGUCCGAGCGGGUGGAAUUGCCGCCCUUCAAUGCAUGGCUACGGGUGAUCCAACGCCUCAUAUAACAUGGCGAAAGAAUGGGAACAAAAUUCCCAGCACAGUAUUAAGAUAUUCGAUUCUUGAGUUUACGGGCGGAUCUGUCUUGAGGAUCGAGCCGAUUCGUAAGAAAGAAACUCAGUUUGAAUGCGUGGCCGAGAAUGGGGUCGGAGAUCCGGUAUCCGCCAGCAUUGAAUUGGAAAUUUUCGAUGACAAGUCAUUGCCACCAGGAUUCCCCCGGAUAAUCCAGAGCCCUGCGAUGAAAGUGGAGGAAAAAGGAAGAAACGCCCUGCUCGUCUGCCAAGCCACUGGAAAUCCUCAGCCCAAUAUCUAUUGGGUCAAGGAUGGCAUGCGAUUGAACCCCAAUCCGCGGUACAUCAUUACGGAACAAGGUAAACUUCGAGGGUCGCUGCAAAUCAAAGACAGCCAAGAGACGGACCAAGGCAAAUACGAGUGCGUGGCGGAAAAUGCAGUGGGCACGGAAUAUUCUUAUUCGGCACAACUCUACGUGCGAGUCCGACGGGUCCCUCCUCAGUUCACGAUUCCCCCCGAAUCCGAAUAUGAAGUGAUGGUGGGGUCAGGCAUUAACCUGACUUGCGUGGCUAACGGCAGUCCCAUGCCGCAUGUGAAAUGGCGCAGAGGAUCGCAAGAUGUAACCCCCGGAAUGGCUCCCCCUAUCGGAAUGAAUGUUCUCCAAUUGCAUAACAUCCAAGAGACGGAGAACUACACUUGUGUAGCUGCCAGCAAACUAGGUAUCAUCGAGGCCACCACCAUCGUCCGAGUUCAAGCUCUGCCUCGACCUCCGAGUAAGGUCAAGAUCUCAGAAGUGACUCCGACGUCGGUGCGUCUUUCGUGGUCAUAUCCGGGAUCGCCCACUGAGGUGCAGUACUACGUCAUUCAGUACAAGCCCAAAUUGGCGAGUUGGGACUACAAGGAGAUCUCGGGCGCCAUCACUACGUUCUAUGACAUCCGUGGGUUGACCCCAUACACCGAGUACGAGUUUGUGGUAUUGGCCGUGAACAAUGUGGGCCGAGGCGACAAAUCCAUGCCAGUUGUGACCACAACAGGAGAAACAGACGUGGAAAAUAACAAUACACCAGGAUAUGCCCCUAGGAACGUUUCUGUGCGGCCUUUGAGCUCAUCGACCAUGGUCAUUCAAUGGAACGAGCCUCAGGCUCAAAAUGGACCAGUGACGGGCUACAAGGUGUAUUACACCACCAACCCCGGCUUGUCUUUGUCACAAUGGGAGUCCCAGUUUGUAGAUAACAACAAGUUGACCACGAUCUCGGAUUUGACGCCACACACCAUAUACACCAUCAGGGUGGAAGCCUACACGGCCAUUGGUCCUGGGCCACCCUCUGCGCCAGUCCAAGUGAAGACUCAACAAGGGGUUCCCUCUCAGCCAUCCAAUCUCCGGGUUUCCGAAGCCAGGGCGACCUCUGUCCGAUUGAGUUGGGAACAACCUGCGCACUCGGGCGAGAACAUCGUGUCUUACGAGCUCUACUGGAACGAUACCUUUACCCCUGACUUUGAGAACCACCGGUCUUUGCCCGUCUCAAAAGAGUAUUACCUCGAGGGUUUAUACCCUAACACCCUGUAUCAUAUCUGGUUGGCAGCCAAGUCCAAACGAGGAGAAGGUGCCACGACCCCUCCCAUUGCAGUUCGAACCGAGCAAUAUGUUCCCGGCGCGCCGCCAGACUUGGUAAAGGCUUACCCGGAGAGCUCCACUUCAAUCCGAGUUGUCUGGCAGCCGCCUCCAGAGAACAAGCGCAACGGUAAAAUUACCUAUUACAAGAUAUACCACGUGCCUAACUCUCGGACCGACUCGGAUGCCACCAUGAUUGAGAUCAAUGACUCGGAUCGGCAAGAGUUCAUCAUUGAUGAGCUCAGAAAGUGGACUGAGUACAGAAUCUGGAUGCUGGCCGGAACUCAGAUUGGGGACGGACCCAUUUCUUAUCCCGUGAUCAUCAAGACUGAUGAAGAUGUGCCUGGAGAGCCGCAAAACGUCGCAGCUCAACCCUUGAACUCAAGUUCUGUGGAAGUGACCUGGGAUCCUCCAUCGGAUAAGGACCGAAAUGGCGUUAUCCGUGGAUAUCAGAUCUACGUCCAGCCCAAGAACACGGAAUCCCUCUAUUAUCAAAUGCCUUUGCGAUUUAAUACGGGGUCUUCGGACGUGACGUCAUUCAAUGUGACAAAUCUCCAGCCCGACACUAGAUACGUGGUUCAAGUAGCCGCUCUCACCAGAAAAGGUGACGGAACCAGAAGCCAACCCGUGAAAGUGAAAACCCCAGGAGGUGUUCCCACCAGACCCAACAUCGAUUUGAAAAUUGUGAAAAAGGACCCCACAAUAACCAUGGACAUUGAGUGGACCAAGCCUAUGGAGACUUACGGAGAACUGAAAGGCUACCGGGUUCGAUAUGGUCACCGCGGCCAAAAGUUAACCGAAAUCAGAAUCACUGACCCCGAGGUGCAACAUCAAGAAAUCUCUAAUCUGGAGAAGGGCAUCGAGUACGAAUUUCGUGUAGCUGGGAUGAACAAAGUGGGAGCUGGGCAAGAGGCAAUCAAAGCAUUUCUCACCCCGGAAGGCGUUCCCUCCGACUCCCCAAAGAACAUUACGACUCGUUUCCAGACUCCCGAUGUCAUCGAGAUUUCGUACGAUCCGCCGCCAGAAAUUGCUCAAAAUGGACAAAUCACGAUGUACGAUAUACAGUUCUGGAAAGCCGUGACUCCCGAGGAGAAACGAAUGCGCUCUACCACAGAGAAGAAAACGGUAUUCGCCAACCUAGAAGACAACACCGAGUACAAAUUCAGUGUUCGGGCCAAUACUCGCAAAGGCUACGGUCCUUGGAGCACUCAGGUGUCUUUCCGGACUGACCGGAACAUUAUUCGGGCUCCACAACAUGUCCAGGCCAUGGCUACUUCAGACUCUUCCAUCGAGGUGUGGUGGGAAGCUGUGCCGUUACGGACGAAAGUUAUUGGAUACGAAUUGUUUUACACCAUGACCGAGGUCGACGACCUUGACAAGUGGCAACGCAAGUCUGUGGGUCUGACCACAUCAGCCGAACUCAUCAAUUUGGAGAGAGAUGCUCGAUAUGCUAUAGCUGUGGCAGCUAGAACACACGAUGGCUUGGGUCGCCUUUCCCAAAGAAUCAAUGAGAAGGUUAAGCCACAGGAUGUCGUUUUGAACUUGAGAGCAACUGAGGUGACCACUCACACCAUGACUUUGUCUUGGGGACAACCUAUUCGGCUUACGCCAAUCAAUUACAAGAUCAGUUAUAAUGCCUACAAGGAAUUUGUGGACGCCCAAGGAAUCACACAAUCAGCCCAAGUCCAACCUAUCACCAUAUUGGUGUCGCCCAAGACUCAAGAGUACAAAAUCAAGGACCUGUCCCCGUUCACCACUUAUCAUGUAAACGUGUCUGCCAUUCCAUCGGAUCGAUCUUAUCGACCACCAGCCAAGAUCACGGUCACCACUCAAAUGGCUGCACCGCAGCCCAUGGUUAAGCCAGACUUUUACGGUGUACGGGCCCACGACCGAGGUGAAUUGACUGUGUUCUUGCCCCAAGCCUCUGAGGAGUAUGGGCCAAUUAGUCAUUACUACUUGGUGGUGAUACCUCAUAGCAACUCUAGUGGUGUCAAAUAUCCAGAUCAAUUUAACACUGCAGAUUUGGUGAGCAAUAGCAAAGCGUCACUGGCCAAUAAGGAAGAAGAUGAGGACAAGCCAUACAUUGCCGCCAAGUUCCUCCAACGAUCCAUCCCCUACACGUUUGUCUUGGGCAAUAGUCAGAACUAUGAGGGAUUCAUCAAUAAUAAACUGAACAAAGGCAUCUUGUACAAGAUAUUUGUUCGAGCCUAUGUUGACACUCCUCAGAAGCAUCUGUAUACCUCUAGUCCAUUUUCACCAGAGUUGUCUUUGGACAUGAUGCAAGAACCACCCGGUCCACCUCCUCAGAGGCCGAAACCUGGCCGUGGCCUAUACAAUGGCGAUGAUCCCAAGGGACUGCCCAAUCCAAAACAAGCCUCCAUGAUGUGGAUUGUUGGUCCCAUAUUAGCCGUGAUCCUAUUUUUCUUCUUUGUCUUGCUAAUUUGCGUACUGAAACGUCGGCGUCAAAAUCCUAAUCAACCUCUGGAGCAAGGUGCGGUCCAUACGCCAUUGAUGGCGGGUUUUGAAAUGCCAACUUCAAUGGGCGGAACUGGAGGCCAUGUUACCCUCGUGGCGCCUUCAGAUCCAGUGGAGCUUAGACGAUUGAAUUUCCAGACCCCUGGCAUGAUAUCUCAUCCCCCUAUACCAGUGUCGGAAAUGGAUGCACACAUUGACGACUUGAAGUCCAAUGACAAUCUGAAGUUUUCUCAGGAAUAUGAGAGCAUUGAACCGGGCCAGCAAUUCACGUGGGACAAUUCAUCGAUGGAGAUUAACAAACCCAAGAACCGCUACGCCAAUGUCAUCGCUUACGAUCAUUCGCGGGUGGUUUUACAGCCGGCAGACGGCGUCCUCGGAUCCGACUACAUCAACGCCAACUACUGUGAUGGCUACAGGAAGCAAAACGCCUAUAUUGCCACCCAGGGUCCUUUACCAGAGACGUUUGCCGACUUUUGGCGAAUGGUCUGGGAGCAGAGAUCUUCAACCAUUGUGAUGCUCACAAAAUUGGAAGAGAGGGCUCGAAUCAAAUGUGACCAAUACUGGCCCACACGAGGCACCGAGAGUUAUGGAGUGAUGUCCGUAACUCUAACAGACACUCAAGAGCUCGCUAGUUAUGUCAUUAGGACGUUCCAAUUGCAGAGAGUGAGUCAAGCACCCAUGGGAAUGAAUAUUGGCUACACAGAUCGCCGGGAGGUGAAGCAGUUCCAGUACACAGCGUGGCCGGACCACGGAGUCCCGGAACAUCCUGCUCCAUUCCUCCAAUUCCUGAGAAGAAUCACAGCUAUGAACCCAAUGGAUGCUGGGCCUGUCAUCACUCAUUGCAGCGCUGGUGUCGGUCGAACUGGAGCUUUCAUUGUCAUAGACUCAAUGUUGGAGCGGGUACGGCAUGAAAAGACGAUAGAUGUGUACGGACAUGUCACAUGUCUUAGAUCUCAGAGGAACUAUAUGGUUCAAACGGAGGAUCAGUAUAUCUUCAUUCACGAUGCUCUACUUGAGGCCGUCAACUGCGGCUUCACUGAGGUCCCUGCCCGAUCCCUGCAUCAUCACAUCCAACAACUGAUGCAGAUGGAACUUGGGGAUAAUAUUACAGCCAUGGAAAUCGAGUUCAAAAAGCUGGCCAGUAUCCAAACAGAACCAGACAAAUUCCUUUCGGCCAACCUUCCUUGUAACAAGUUCAAAAAUCGUUUGGUUAACAUUCUUCCAUACGAAUCUUCAAGGGUCUGCUUAGAGCCAAUCAGAGGUAUUGAGGGUAGUGACUACAUCAACGCAAGUUACAUCGAUGGAUAUCGCUAUCGGAACGCUUACAUUGCCACGCAAGGUCCCUUGGCCGAGACUGUGGAGGAUUUCUGGCGCAUGAUCUGGGAACACAACUCGACCAUCAUAGUAAUGCUUACCAAACAACGCGAGAUGGGUCGGGAAAAAUGUGCUCAAUAUUGGCCGAGUGAUCGAUCUGCGCGCUAUCAGUGCUUUGUUGUUGAUCCACUGGCUGAAUAUAAUAUGCCACAAUAUCUUCUUCGCGAGUUCAAAGUCACUGACGCUCGAGACGGACAAUCUAGGACAAUUCGGCAGUUCCAAUUCACAGAUUGGCCAGAGCAGGGUGUUCCUAAGAGUGGUGAAGGUUUCAUCGAUUUCAUUGGUCAGGUGCACAAAACCAAAGAACAAUUCGGUCAAGAGGGACCGAUUACGGUUCAUUGCAGCGCCGGUGUUGGUCGCACAGGGGUGUUCAUCUCGAUGAGCAUUGUCUUAGAACGCAUGCAGUAUGAAGGCGUCGUUGAUGUAUUCCAAACGGUCAGAGCUCUCAGGACGCAAAGACCUGCCAUGGUACAAACGGAGGAUCAGUAUCAGUUCUGUUAUCGAGCCGCCCUCGAAUAUUUGUCAGCAUUUGAUCCGUUAUAUCCUGAAUGACAAUCAACCGUCCUGGAGCUUGGCGUCUGAAAUCGUCUAGUCAUCCUGCGUUUAAAAGCCAGAUCACUGCCUGUGCCAUUUGUCACCUUCAAACUAGAGUUCCCUGCACCAUCCCCAAAUUCGUCACUGAACCAUUUUAAUGGAGGCCCAUCGUACCACAACGGCGCCAACCCUAACCAUUCGAGGCUUCGAGAUCUUCAAGAUCAUUUUUGCCAUACAAACGGCGCAAGGGCGCCGCUUCCGGUAUCCGACAGUCUUACAAACAGGCGCCUUCCUUUUCGCCGCAUGAGUCAUACCCUCAUUGCCGGUAUGAGAUCCGCCUCCUAUCGCCUCCGCCGGCUCGUGCGCCCAGUUUCCAAUGAAGAGGGCCAUUUUUACGCCCAUGAGCCAGAGCCGUCUCCGCCGCCAAUUCAACUCAAUGGUCACCACCACACUUAUUAUGGCGAAAAUCCAUUGGACGGAGGUGCUAUUGGAAGAGAUGUUGUUGUCGAAUGUAACGAUAGUGAUGAGAGCCCGCCCUAUUUGCCCACUUCUGUCCUGCCCGUGUUACCGACCGCGCCUCCCACUGAAGAACAAUAUCAACAGACGGUCAUUGACCAUUCAGUGUGACGUAAAGUGAACUCCGAUCUGGCUUAAUGAGAAUUGAUGGAGGUGCGCUCGCCGACACCCUGAACGCACCUCAAGAUGAAAAAGGAUGAAGAGAAUGCGUUUUUUUGAGCGAAUGUUUUAUGUUCUGCAAGCUCCAGGACACCCCACAACAGAAAGACGACUCCACCACAAUUGAAGUCUUUCACAAGAAGUCCAAAGACCCUCCUUACAAGUCUCGUUGUUUGAACGAGAGCAAUCAUGUUGAAAGAAAUACCAAUAGUUGUUCCAUAGUUGUAAUAUUACUAGCAUGUUCCACCACCGCAGAUCCUCAACUUUUUAUGUUGACCAUUUUUCGAGAGUAAGUGCGAAACCUGUUAGGUAUUUUUCGUAGAAUGAACGAUAAUGACAAUGUCAGACGCAGAAAGAACCUCCCCAUUUCGAAACAAAUUGACACCAUAUCAGUAAUCAAGCAGGAUGACUCGGAUGAAAAGAAUUGUUCCAGGACCACAAUUCCUUAACAAAUUUGGAAAAUCUCAAGCCUAAUCUUGAGUGACUUUGACCAUCAAUAAGGCUGGUGAUUAGAUUACAAUUAUUAUCAUUUUUUGCAUUUUGGUAGAUGGCCCAUCCCACAGAGGCCGCUCUAGAAUACCUUUCAGUUCCUUUCCUCCCUUCCUUCAGAGGAGCUCCCUUCCGAUGUUGGAGAAAUGAGUCUGUAUUCCAAGUCCUGCUCUAGAAACAUUGCCCUCUCCAGCUCUCCCAUUUCUUUUGCCAAAAUGGUCCUUUGGAACACAUGUAUGGUUGGUAAUGGAUCCGUUAGCAAACCCUUUCUUUGGUUGGCUUUACUUCCCCAUGCACACGCACUCAGUACUCAGCAACCAGUUGGUUUGUCCUCAUUGAUGUCCUUUUCCCCAGGUGAAAGAGAAGAUUGUGUUUUCCAACCUCUUUGCCAUUCGCUUCGUCUUGCACUAAAUCCACCACGUUUUGCACAUAUCUCGUUUAUGGAACCAAAUUUUAGGAGAAAGUCUAGUUUUUCCAAUGUUUCUAUUCCAAUUCAUCGUCAUCAGUAAGUUACUUUGCAUUUACCUACACCAAGGCAACCUCCCUCGUUAUUAAAGAUCUCUCUCACUCAACAACAUUUCACAUUCUGUGGUUGAAGUGCCCCAAUUAGUACCAUUUGUAGCAAUAUGACAUCACUUGUAUCAACAAAACUCUUGACUCCUCUCAAACCUCCCCCCUGAAAUUCUGAAAUCACCCCUAGGAUGGAUAUACUUAAAUGAAACGAAAUGUUACACUUAAACAUAUGUUUGCGAGCAUACUUACAGUAAAGAAUAUAUCAUUCAACAAUCAUCACCAUCGAUCGCUAUUAUCAUUAUGAAUGUGGUCUUGUUGGGGAAUCUGAGAGUUUGAUCAGUUUUCCUACAAACAUGACCAAGACCCUGUUGAUUCUUAUCCGUGAUAUGAAUAAAUACUAAAUAUGAACAUUCAAA